AUGAAGAUGAAGCUGGACGUGCUCCUCCCGGUGCUGCUGUGUGUCGUGUGUGUCCUCCUCCUGCCGGCGUCCUGCACCCCCCCCCACGACUCAGAUGAUUCAAAGCUUCUCCACGUGACCAUCCCCUCCACCCCCCCCGUGCUGGCCGUGCUGGGCGGAGCUCUGACGCUGCCCUGCCUGGUGUCCCUGGCCCACCCGCCGCCGUCCCCCUCCACCAACGGCCGCCGCGCGGUGCUCUCUGUCCCCCGGGUGAAGUGGAGCGUGCUGACCCACGGGCGUGAGACGGAGAUCCUGGUGGCCCGUGGCGACCGGGUGCGAGUCAGCGAGGCGUACAGAGACCGGGCGGCGCUGCUCCACUACGACUCCUCCCCCGCCGACCUCACCCUGCGGCUGGAGGGCCUGAGGCAGAACGACACGGGCUUCUACCGCUGUGAGGUCACACAGGGCCUGGAGGACGCCGACGACGUGGCGCAUGUCAAGGUCAAAGGGGUAGUGUUCCAUUACCGCGACGCCUCCAGUCGUUACGCCUUCACCUUCCAGCUCGCCAAAGAGGCCUGUGGGGAGAUUGGCGCUGAGAUCGCCACGCCGGAGCAGCUCCUGGCCGCCUACCACAGCGGAUACGAGCAGUGUGACGCGGGCUGGCUCUCGGACGGCUCAGUGAGGUAUCCCAUCCAGAUGCCCAGGGAGGGCUGCUUCGGGGACAUGGACGGACUUCCAGGAGUGAGGAGCUACGGCCUGGUGGAGCCGGAUGAGCUGUACGACACCUACUGCUACGUGGAGAAGACCGAGGGUGAGGUGAUCCAUGGCUCCGCCCCCCAGCGUUUCACCUUCCAGGAGGCCAAGGCCUACUGCCUGAGUCAGGGGGCGGAGCUCGCCGCGACAGCUCAGCUAUAUGCAGCCUGGAACGAUGGACUGAACCACUGCAGUCCGGGGUGGCUGGCGGACAGCAGCGUGCGCUACCCCAUCGUCACCCCUAGAGAGCGCUGUGGAGGUGGUGAACCUGGGGUCAGAACCGUCUAUCGCCACAGCAACCAGACGGGCUUCCCCGAGGAGCACACCCGCCACGACGUCUACUGCUUCAGAAGGGACACGGGCCCUUAUACCGAAUCUACUCAGGAUUUCCUGGCUACUGAGCCAGAAGACGUUGAUUUCUUAUCUAACCACGCUCAGGAGCCGGUGACCGAGGAUCUGCUGCAGGCCCUCACUGUCCGGCCGGUCAAACACGUCCCUGUGGAGCCUCCGUCUCAAACCCUGUGUUACGACAAGGAGCCGCUGCUCCGGGUCGACCUUCAUCAGUCCGUCACCCCCCCGCCCGAGCGUCAGCAGCCCGCUCCCACCGGAGAUACCUGGGAGCCCGUGGAGAAGGCCGGCUCCCCAGAGUCCUAUCACCCAGCACCUGACCAGCACCCACACACUGAUCAUGAAGACGCUCAUUCUUCUUCCGGUGCUGUCGGCAUGGUAACCACUGAUGAAGACUCCACUUCCCCCACAGCUGAGGGGACGGUGUCGGUGAGCAGAGAGCCCUCAGAGACUCGUCCUUCAGAGAAUAACCAAGAGAAUCAAACCCUGGAAACACAAAGUGUUCCUGCAACAUCUGCAGCUGUCGCACAGGAGCUGCUCAGCAGUUCAACAGCUGUCCACCAGGAGAGGGAGCGUCCCAUUUCCCAGGAGGACCACACUCCAUAUGUCCACUUGGAACAUGUCUCUGGAACUGAGCUGGUCCACUCGAGCUCCUCUCAGGUAGUUUCUGUGCCGCCAGAAGAGACGAGCCCCAGGAGCGAUGAGGAAGAAUCAGCGCUGACGACUUCGCUCCACAGUGAUGAAACAGAAGUUCACUCCACUGCAGCUGGGGGGCAGCGUGGAGACGAGAGUCUUCAUCUGGAGGAGGGGACACGAGACCCAGUGACUCAGAGCUGCAUCGCCAUGGACACCUCCACCCUGUCUGAACUGGGGCCUACGACUGAUUCAGGUUCUGAUCCUCCUGAAGAACACGCAGCUGUAACGAUGGAGUCGUCCGUCGCCGUCGAGGAAUCGUCUUCAGAGGAAACCGACCCGGUGGAGCAGAGUGGACACGUCCAUCCGACUGAACUCCCAACAGAGGACGUCAUCCCAGUCACAGAGGACUCCACUGAUGCUCCUGCUUCAUGUGUUUGUUCCCACGAUCCCAUCACUCUGUUCACGUCCGGGACCCCCGCCCCCCCGUCGGUGGAGUCCAGCUCCCCAGAGGUUAUCACCUUCAUACCUGAGAGCAUCGCCUCCUCUGGGGCUGAACCUCUGGAGGACAUCCAGGACCAUGGUGAGCUGCAGGAUGGACAAGAAAGCCAGGAAGUGUUUCUCAGCACUUUGCAAAGCCUCACUGACAGUGACCCGGUGGGGGGGGGAGGAGACGAGACAGAGGGGUCAGGUGAGUCAUCGGGAGGAAACCCGGAGAUGACCAACCCGACCGUCGCAACAGACCGCGCCUCUGAGGGCACUGAGGGCGUGGCCAGAACUGAGGCGCCUGCUCGUCCUGAUGUAAAGGUCACAUGGGUCACUCAUCCAACCCUGACGCCCGGCUGGGAGCCAGACGCCUCCUCCUCCUCUUCGCAGGAGUCUCGCUCCGACAGAGAAUACAGCGCUGAGGACAGCGAUGAGGUCACAGCAGAGGUCAACACAGGCAGCGUCAGCGCUGAGGACGUGGACAACUCGACUCUCAGCACCGACGCUGGUCAUGUGACCGCCACCGCCACCGCCAACCCCGAGGUUCACCAGGAGGCGGAGCAGGAAGCCCUGGCUGCAGGAGCUCCUGCUGUGAGAGCAGCAGCAGCUUCAGACUCCUGUCUGGAGAACCCUUGUUUAAAUGGAGGCACUUGUGUGGACGGUGAAUGGAGGAGGUGUCUCUGUCUGCCAGCGUACGGAGGAGACGUGUGCCAGACAGACCUGGAGCUGUGUGAGCCGGGCUGGGAGAAGUUCCAGAGCUUCUGUUACCAGCACUUCAUCAAGAGGCAGAGCUGGGAGGCGGCGGAGCAGCACUGCCGGAUGAGCGGCGGACACCUGAUCUCCCUCAUGACCCCCGAGGAGCAACACUACAUCAACGACAAAUACAGAGAAUACCAGUGGAUCGGACUGAAUGACAGAACCAUCGAGGGAGACUUCCGCUGGUCGGACAGUAACCCCCUGCUCUAUGAGAACUGGUACCGAGGCCAGCCCGACAGCUACUUCCUGUCCGGAGAGGACUGUGCGGUGAUGGUGUGGCACGACGGCGGCCAGUGGAGCGACGUGCCGUGCAACUACCACCUGUCCUACACCUGCAAGAAGGGAGUGUCCUCUUGUGGCGAGCCUCCGCAGGUUCUCCACGCGAAGGUGUUUGGGAAGAAGCGUUUGCGUUUCGAGACCAACACCAAGGUGCGGUAUUACUGUGAGGAGGGCUUGGUUCAGAAGCUGAAUCCGGUGAUCAAGUGCCUGCUCGGCGGCCAGUGGGAGGAGCCUCUGAUCACCUGCACGCCACCCCGCUCAGUGGAAGAAGACGAGGUCACAUCCCUGCCUCACCAGCACCAGGAGGUCGUGGAGGUCAUGGAGGUCGUGGAGGUCAUGGAGGUCGUGGAGGUCGCGGUGGCCACACCCUCUACGGAUGAACACACUUAUACCACCGUCAAGUACACAAAAACUCAGCGACCUGCAUCAAGCAGGCGAUCGGGGGUCACAUGGGAGCGAGUGGCCCUGCUGGUCCUCAGUGUUCUCCUGGCAGCUGCCCUCACAGCUCUUGGUGUAACCCGUGAGUUUGAUUCCUAG